UUGUUCUCUUCGGAUUUAAAUGCUUUCUCAGUCUCAUUUAAUUAUUACGACUGAAAUAAUGGUCUGUCUUGCACUGGAUCAUUGCCUAGCCCAUGCACAGUAUUCAUAAGGAAGUGUGAAUUUUGGGGGGUUUCUGAAAUGUAUUCAUGGGUGUUCACAUUUGAUGUCCAUCAGUAAUGAACAUAUAGCUGAUAUGCAUCUGGGAUACUCUGUCACAGUCAAACAACUGAACUGCUCUUCUUGUAAUAAUUGUGUAGCCCUGGGCUUCAAUGAUACAUGGUGUACACCCCAAGAUAUCUUAGCAGAUGAGAGAGAAAGAAAUGGGUGGUUUGAAGUUUCAACUCCAAGAGACAGAGUGGUCUAUUACACCUUGAGUCAAGUUAUUUAUCGUGAAUUUGAAGUACCUGAUGGAGAACAAGGAGAAGCAAUUUUUGAUCAACCUGAUCCUACAGACAUAAUAAUGGUUCUCUGGUUGAAGGGACAAGCCAUUGGAUUUUACACUAUAAAACCAAAAGGGUCACUUGUGGAAGAAACAAUGGAACAUUAUGCCAUGCACACACUAGAUACAGCAUAUGUUUGGAGUGUUAAAAGAAGGCAAGGAUAUGGCAUGGGAAUGUUACAAAACAUUACAAGUUCCUAUCCAGGGAAAGACAUUGGUUUCAGCAAACCUAUUUCUUUUUCAAUGUGGAAAGUGUUGAGAAAAUACCUACAACAUAAUGCUGACUAUCGAAAUAAAUUCUGGGAGAUAGAAGGUACUGGAGGUGAAGGGAAUCAAAAGUUGAUUUGGUAUGCCAUCAGAUUACAAGACAAGGAGAAAGAAAGCAAUACAUAAUUAAAGAAGUUUUAUGUGUAUAGUUAAUUCAUAUUUAAAAUUAUAAAUCUACAACAAUGUAAAACAGUAUCACACUUUCUCUUUAGAUUGCCCAGAUAACCUUGGAUCAAUAAAACAAUUUCAACUUCCAUUAAUGUUCUGAUUUUUGGCUGAAUCAUGUUUGGAUAUCAAAACUUGUUAACAUUCUCAGAAUGAUACUCUUUAGUCUUGCGAACAUUUCCCAUGCUUUUUGUAUAUGUCUAGUGCUUUUUUAUGUUUUUCUUUACCAGUUAAAAAUUAUAUGGAUUUUAAUCACUUUAUUGCAGUACCUCAAUAAAAAAACUCAAAGCUGGCUCAGUUCAAGGACUGAGCCAAUUUUUGUUGUAGCAAAAAUUGUACACAUGAUGAAUAGAAGAAAAUCUGUAUACAUUUCUUAAAUAUUGCUUGCAUUAUUUUAUAACUGUAAGAUGUGUACCUAUCUGCUGAGAUUUUGUGUAAUUUUUAUUAUUGUAAAAUAAAAAUGAGCAAAUUAUAUCAUUCAA